AUGCUAAACUUGCACGGCGUUCAGUUCGCUGUUGCCAUAGCGGCACUCGGUACUUCGUGUCAUUACUUGUGGCUGGCCUUACGACCAAACCCAGGAGCACACCAUGACUCACCGUUAUUCUGUGAAAGUGGGGAAAGGUCUCCGAUCUACUUCCUUUUUGCGCCCGGAGUUGCCCUGUCCAGUGUGCUGCUACUCCUAGCCGGAUGCGAAGCUGCAAGCGAAUAUGAACUCGCCUGCAACCUUUGGAAGCUGGCGAUGGCGCUGCGGAUCUUUGCUACAUGUGCGGCCGUCGGUUUGGCGGGCAUGGGCUUGGUCACAAACCCCAUGAGCCGCUCCUUCCAUGAUCUGGCGACCUAUGCAUUCGUGGGAGGCGCAGCCUUACUGCUACUGCUGGGUAUAAUUGCAUCUACUUACCUGCAGGUGUAUUCUCUGCACGAACAAUCUGGUCUUGCUUUUUUGGCCGUUCGGAUCGCGCUGCUGGCACAUGCCUCGACAAAGGCCAGUGAGUUCUUGGGGAAGUAUGGUCGAGCAAUGGCUAUGGUAAGCCAAGCUGACCAUGGAGGUGAUGCCGAAAUGCCAACCGUCGAUCGAAAGGUGAUGAAGCGACUGCUGACACAAAGCGCUUUCGCUCAGUAUUCAGCGCUUGCGUCGCUGUGCAUUUCUGCCGCUCUCCUGCGCCCCUAA